GAGAUCCUGCACAAUGACCAUUGGGGAACAGUGUGUGAUGAUGACUGGGAUAUAAAUGAUGCGCAGGUGGUGUGUAGAGAACUUGGAUGUGGUAAUGCUGACAGCGCUCAUCAAAGUGCCCACUUUGGUCGUGGAAGUGGUCUAAUAUGGCUGGAUAAUGUUCAGUGUUCUGGAAGUGAAAGCACCAUCACACAGUGUUCUCAUAAUGGAUUUGGUAUACACAAUUGCAGCCAUGGUAAAGAUGCUGGUGUUACUUGCUCAGACCAGGUCAGACUGGUGAAUGGUCCGAGUAACUGUUGUGGUCGAGUGGAGAUCCUGCACAAUGACCAUUGGGGAACAGUGUGUGAUGAUGACUGGGACAUAAGUGAUGCGCAGGUGGUCUGUAGACAGCUUGGAUGUGGUAAUGCUGUCAGCGCUCAUAAAAGUGCCCACUUUGGUCGCGGAAGUGGUCUAAUAUGGCUGGAUAAUGUUCAGUGUUCUGGAAGUGAAAGCACCAUCACACAGUGCUCUCAUAAUGGAUUUGGUAUACACGACUGCGGCCAUGGUGAAGAUGCUGGUGUUACUUGCUCAGACCAGGUCAGACUGGUGAGUGGUCCGAGUAACUGUUGUGGUCGAGUGGAGAUCCAGCACAAUGGCCGUUGGGGAACAGUGUGUGAUGAUGACUGGGACAUAAAUGAUGCGCAGGUGGUGUGUAGACAGCUUGGAUGUGGUAAUGCUGUCAGUGCUAAUCAAAGUGUCCACUUUGGUCUGGGAAAUGGUCCAAUAUGGCUGGAUAAUGUUCAGUGUAAUGGAACUGAGAGAUACAUAAAUCAGUGCUCACACAGAGGAUAUGGAGUAGAGAACUGUGGACAUCAUGAAGAUGCUGGAGUUGUGUGCUCAAACUUGCAGACUCCCACAUUGACUCGGAUCUCCCCAACCUCUGUGGUCUCACCUGGAGAAGUCCUUCAGUUCAGAUGUACCACACCCAGCCCAACAUGCAUCUCUGUAGACUUCAGUUUGUUUAACACGGGCACAUCAAUAAAGGAGCAAACUGCAGAGUCUACAACAACAUUUAAUCUGACUGUAGAUGCCUCACAUCAGGGCCAGUACACCUGUGACUACUCAUACAGGGAAAGUAACUCCACAUCAUCCUGGAGCAACUCCAUUACCAACACUGUUGUGAACUUGCAGCAGCCCAAUAUCUCCUUCAGUGAUACUGAUGGAUGGUCCCACUUUGGGACUGAUGGACCAGAAGUGAUAAAAGGCUAUGACUUCUCUAUCAUCUGCUCCACUGAACCUCAGUAUCCAGGAGGUUCCUUCCACUUAAAGUUCAGUGGAUCCAACAUCACCAGAACUCAGUCGGCUGUUAACGACUCAGCCAUCUUCUUUUUUCCUGAGGCAGAUCUUGUCAAUCAGGGAAACUACAGCUGUUUUUAUGAAGUUAAUGUGUCUUUACGCACCUUUACCUCCACUACCACUCAGCUCCUGGCCAUCACUGUGAAAGAAUCUCUAGCCCCAUUCAUUGGUGUUGGAGUGACUGCAGGACUGCUUCUCAUGUCAUUGCUAGUCAUCAUUUGGGUUGUGAAGACACAGAAAAGAAGAAGAUAUCAGAUCGCUAAGAAGGAUACACAGUAUGAGUUGAGGCGAGGCGAGGAUAAAAGAGGGAACGGCAUGCAAUCCCCCAUCUGCCUGCUGUGUAAACCAAAACUGAAAAACGUCUCAGCGACCAGGAUGCUUAGACUUCAUCUCACUUUGACGCUUGCCAGAAUCUUUAGUGCUUCCUUGCUGGCUGAUGGUGCUAAUAUACGACUCUCUGAUGGUAAUAACACCUGCUCUGGUAGAGUGGAGAUCCUGUACAACAGCCAGUGGGGAACAGUGUGUGAUGAUGACUGGGACAUGAAUGAUGCAGAGGUGGUGUGUAGACAGCUUGGAUGUGGUAAAGCCCUCAAUGCCAAUCAAAUUGCCCACUUUGGCUCGGAAGGUGACCCAAUAUGGCUGGAUGAUGUUCAGUGUUCUGGAAGUGAAAGCGACAUCACACAGUGCUCUCAUAAUGGAUAUGGAGAACACGACUGUGGCCAUACUGAAGAUGCUGGUGUUACUUGCUCAGGUAACAUACGACUUGCAGGUGGCACUGACUCCUGCUCUGGUAGAGUGGAGAUCCUGUACAAUAGCCAGUGGGGAACGGUGUGUGAUGAUGACUGGGACAUGAAUGAUGCAGAGGUGGUGUGUAGACAGCUUGGAUGUGGUAAAGCCCUCAAUGCCAAUCAAAUUGCCCACUUUGGCUUGGAAGGUGACCCAAUAUGGCUGGAUAAUGUUCAGUGUUCUGGAAAUGAAAGCGUCAUCACUCAGUGCUCUCAUAAUGGAUAUGGAGAACACGACUGUGACCAUACUGAAGAUGCUGGUGUUACUUGCUCAGGUAACUUACGACUUGCAGGUGGCACUGACUCCUGCUCUGGUAGAGUGGAGAUCCUGUACAAUAGCCAGUGGGGAACAGUGUGUGAUGAUGACUGGGACAUGAAUGAUGCAGAGGUGGUGUGUAGACAGCUUGGAUGUGGUAAAGCCCUCAGUGCCAAUCAGAAUGCCUUCUCUGAUUUGGGAAGGGGCCCAAUAUGGCUGGAUGAUGUUCAGUGUUCUGGAAAUGAAAGCGUCAUCACUCAGUGCUCUCAUAAUGGAUUUAACUUACACGACUGUGACCAUACUGACGGUGCUGGUGUUACUUGCUCAGGUAACAUACGACUUGCAGGUGGCACUGACUCCUGCUCUGGUAGAGUGGAGAUCCUGUACAAUAGCCAGUGGGGAACGGUGUGUGAUGAUGACUGGGACAUGAAUGAUGCAGAGGUGGUGUGUAGACAGCUUGGAUGUGGUAAAGCCCUCAAUGCCAAUCAAAUUGCCCACUUUGGCUUGGAAGGUGGCCCAAUAUGGCUGGAUAAUGUUCAGUGUUCUGGAAAUGAAAGCAACAUCACACAGUGCUCUCAUAAUGGAUAUGGAGAACACGACUGUGACCAUACUGAAGAUGCUGGUGUUACUUGCUCAGUGAACUUGCAGCAGACCAGUAUCUCCUUCAGUGCUGCUGAUAGAUGGUUCCACUGGGAGUCUGAUGGACCAGAAGUAACAAGAGGCUAUGGCUUCUCCAUCAUCUGCUCCACUGAACGUCAGUAUCCAGGAGGUUCCUUUCACUUGAAGAUCAUUGAAUCCAACCUCACCAGGACUCAGUUGGCUGUUAACCACUCAGCCGUCUUCCAUUUUCCUGAGGCAGAUUUUGUCCAUCAGGGAAACUACAGCUGUACUUAUGAAGUUAACGUGUCUUCACGCACCUUUACCUCCACUACCACUGAGUUGCUGGAAAUCACUGUGAAAGCAUCUCUUGCUCCCUACAUUGGUGUCGGAGUAACAGCAGGACUGCUCUUCAUUUUAGUUCUAGUCAUCAUUUGCUUUGUAAAGACACAGAAAAGACAAAAAUCUCAGAUGGAUAAGAAGAAGGAAACACAGCGUGCCCAAAACACAUACCCCCAAGGAGAGACCGAGGAAGACAGCGAACAUGGUUAUGAAAAUGUAGAAACCAUUUUCCACCAGAAAGACGAUUCAGAUGACUCGGAUAACGACUACGUUAAUGUCGGUGUUCAUGAACAAAUAUGUGAAGUGGACAGUGACUAUGAGGAUGAAGAAAUGUAUGAAAACUGGAUAGGGUAGUGUAGAGAAGUAAACAAUUAUGUUAUAUCUAUAGUCUACAAAGAAUAAGAAGUUUAAAUUGGAUUAAAUAGUCCAUUGGUAAGAUGAUCUUAUUUUCAAUUACAGGUGUACUGAUUUCAGAAUCAGUUUGCUCUUUCCUCAUUCUGAACAUAUAAUGCAACUUGCAUUUGUUAAUGGGUUUAUUUCUACCCAUUUAUAUGACUGCUACUUGACAUGAAAGUAGCUUAGAGAUCAAACACACAUCAGUUGUUUUAUUUCAUUUUUAUUGCACCACUGUACAACUUCAAUUUUGUUUUCAUACUUUUCUGAACUAUGUGCAUAUUGGAUGUAGGAACCAUCUUAAUUCUACCACUUGCUUUAUGUCAUGUGUAAGAGUGUGUUUUAAGGUGUAUGUAAAAUCUUGUGAUUAAUGUUAAUGUUGUUAUUAGAAUUAGGAUAUUAGGCAGCAUGAGUAUUAUUGUAAUUCAUUGCUUUAAGUACUUUUUUGAUAAAAUCAAAUUUAAACCAGUGUCCACAUUCACAUAUAAUCCGGCGGUAACUGUAACCAACAUUAAAACAUCCCACAGACUCUUGAUCGGAUCGAGAUCUGGGGAAUUUGGAGGCCGAGUCAACACCUUGGACUCUUCAUCAUAUUUCUCAGACCAUUCAUGAAGUAUUUUUGCAGUGUGGCAGGGUGCAUUAUCCUGCUGAAAGAGGCCACUGUUGCCAUGAAGGGGUGUACUUGGUCUGCAAGAAUGUUUAGGUUGGUGUUACAUGUCAAAGUAACAUCCACAUGAAUGCCAGCAGCCAAGGUUUCUCAGCAGAACAUUGCUGAGAAUGUUGAGAAAAAAUAUCUUUAAAAAAAAAAGCCUGUACAGUUCUGGACCAACAUCUGUUGAACAGAUGAAGAUCUACUUGUACCAGAAUCAUGGGAAGAGGAGAGUUUGGAGAAACAAAGGAACUGCUUACGAUCCAAAACAUACCACCAUAUCUGUGAACUUAUUAUUAUUAUUAUUAUUAUUAUUUUAUUUUUUUUUUUUAUUAUUAUUUUUUUUUUUUUAUAUCCACUGUAUAAUCUUUAUUCUAUAAUCUUUAUUAUUCAAAUAAUAUCCUAUACUUUAACUUAAGAAAGUAAAACAGCCUGUUACUGGCUAAAGUAACUAUAUGAGAUUUAAGAGUAGCUGUGUAUUGUAGAUAAAACACAUGGAAUUACACAUACUAUUGUUACAAACAA